GUCGUCGUCUCGAGUCUUGUGUCGGUGUGAUGACAGUUGGGCUACCUGCGGUGGCAAAGGUGAUGUCAAGAUGACGACUGCGGGCUGUUUCGUGUGCGUGUGUGCGGGGGUGCGAGUGGCUGCUGGGAAACCCGGAAGAAGCGGCGGGCGACUCCAGGACGAAUCCGGGCUGCGGUGGUGGCGGCCGUGGUUGGUGCUGUACCUGAUGCUGACGCCCGCUGUGCUGGCUGAUAAUUUAGAUGUAAUUGAUGGUAAACGUAUUAUUCCAGUAUUGGAUAUGUAA